AUGAGAACCGUCUUCAUUUUCGUCUUGCUAGUGGUUACUACCAUUGCGAAAUCAUUGCAUAAACGUAACAAUCAAUAUGGUGAUGAACCAAUCUCUAUAUUAACUCCUUCUUCAAAAGGUUAUGAUGCAGGCGCACUACCAGAAGAAGCUCCAGCAGCAAUUCCUACUUCCAGAAUUCCUGCCCCGUCGCUUCCGCCAGUUGAAUCAAGCGGCUAUCGCAAGAAAAGAAACAAUCAAUAUGGUGAUGAGCCAGCGCCACCAACUGAAGUGAUUAAGCCAGGUGGUUAUGAGGAGCAAGCAGAAGAAGCACCUGCACCAAUUGAACAACCAGCUUAUGAACCACCAGCAGUUGAAUCAAGUGUCUAUCGCGCAUAA